AUGGAUUUCCAAACUGAAAUCGAAUGGACUAUGCGAACUACCCUUAUCGACUGGUUACUCCAAGUACAUCUCCGAUACCACAUGUUACCCGAAACCCUAUGGAUCGCCGUCAACCUUGUCGACCGAUUCCUCUCUGUCCGAGUAGUCUCUUUAGUCAAACUUCAACUAGUCGGUGUGACAGCCAUGUUCAUCGCUGCGAAAUACGAAGAAAUCUUGGCUCCUUCAGUAGACGAAUUCGUCUACAUGACCGAGAACGGUUAUACCAAAGAUGAAAUCUUAAAAGGCGAAAGAAUCAUCCUGCAAACUUUAGAUUUCACCAUUUCAUCUUACUGUUCACCUUACUCUUGGGUAAGGAAAAUCUCCAAAGCCGAUGAUUACGAUAUUCAGACUCGAACUUUAUCAAAGUUCUUGAUGGAAGUCACAUUGUUAGAUCAUAGGUUCUUGAGAUGUAAACCAUCGAUGAUUGCUGCUAUUGGUAUGUACCUAGCUAGAAGGAUGUUGGGUGGUGAUUGGAACGAGGCUUUCGUCUUCUAUUCUGGGUUUACCGAAUCACAAUUAGUAGCUGGAGCAAGUCUGUUAUGUGAGAGAUUGGUCGAGCCUGAUUUCGAAACCGUUUACGUGUACAAGAAAUACGCCAACAAGAAGUUCUUGAGAGCCAGUACGUUCGCCAGAGAUUGGGCUCAAAACAACGCUGCGACGGCUUUCUAA